CUUGCGUGCGGCAGUGAGUUACCGUCGUGUGUAGUCGACGAUUUGGUGUCUUCUGUCGCGCAUAACAUGUUUAAAAUGAAUGUGGUUUAAUAGUGACUUGUGUUUGUCCUACAUUUUUUUAUUCUAGUGACAGCAACAAUGCCGUUAGCAGGUAGCCAGGAAAGCUAGCUGGCUAAUGUUGUCGAAGUUACAGUGGGCAGCCCGCAGAGUCAUCACUAACAGUACUUUUAAAACGUUACAAACUAAUCAGAUACUUAAUACAGUUGUCGCUCGAGUCAGCACCAUGUCAGCGGACUUGAUGGCAAGAAUUAAUGAGUUGGAAAGCGAGGUGGAGCGAUUAAAAACUGAGUUGAGAAUAUCAGACCCAGGUAUUCAAGCCAGCAUGAAGAUGAAUGGAGGCAGUAAACCUAACGUGACAGCCGACACAGAGGGUCAGGAAGAUGGAAGGAGUGCGAAAAAAGGCAAGAAAGAGAGGCCGUUUGACUUCUCUGCCCAUCCAAGGCGCCACGUCGCCUUGCGGCUUGCUUAUUUAGGUUGGGAGUAUCAGGGCUUUGCCGUGCAGGAAAACACGGAUAACACUGUCGAAGCUAGACUGUUCGAGGCCUUACUGAAGACUAAACUCAUCCAGGACAGACAGAGCUCCAACUACCACCGCUGUGGCCGGACCGAUAAAGGAGUCAGUGCUUUCUCACAGGUCAUAUCCAUUGACCUGCGCUCAAACCAGUUCUGUGGAGGUCUUGGAGUAGUUGUUUCUACUAGUGAUGGAGCCAGUGCAAAGAAUAAGCCAAAUGCUGAUGAAGUGCCAUAUGUUAAGAUGCUUAAUCGUGUCCUACCCCAGGACAUCCGAAUACUGGAUUGGGCACCAGCUGAAACUGGGUUCAGUGCCCGCUUUGACUGCAAGUCCAGAACCUACCGGUACUACUUCCCUCGCGGUUCCCUGGAUGUGAGUCUCAUGGCUGCAGCUGUGAAGCGAUAUGAGGGCACUCACGACUUCAGAAACCUUUGUAAAAUGGAUGUAGGUAAUGGAGUGCUGCAGUUCCAGAGGACCAUUCUGUCUGCGUCUGUGCAGCCGACCCAGCCUGGCCAAGCAGUAUUAACUGACCCCUACGACCUCUACGUGUUUGAGGUCAAAGGGCUGGCCUUCCUGUACCAUCAGGUACGGUGCAUGAUGGCCGUGCUGUUGCUGAUUGGGCAGAAGCUGGAAGCUCCCGACAUCAUCGAUCAACUGUUGGACGUGGAGAAGAAUCCGAGAAAGCCCCAGUACAGCAUGGCCGUGGAUUACCCUCUGGUUCUCUAUGACUGCCACUUUGAGGGCCUGAGCUGGAAGAGGGAGGCUGAGGAGGUGGGCUUUGCCCUGAACACGCUGCACCAGCACUGGACACAGGCUGUAAUCAAGACCCAGGUCCUGCGAGGGAUGAUUCAGGGCCUGGAGAGCUUAGGCAAGGCACCUACUCCUCUGCAGUGCUGGCUGAUGGAGGGUACCAGACAGCGCAACUACCGCCCCCUGCUGGAGAGGCCGCGGUGUGAGAGUCUGGAGUCCCGGAUCGAGCACUUUGUGAAGAGAGGCAGGCUGGAGCGAGAAGAGGGGGAGAAUGGAGAGGAGGCUCUGCACAGGGGGAAGAGGUCAAAACAUUCCCACAGUCCCUCUUCCCAGGCUGUUGCACCAGGAGCGGCACAAUCUGCCCAGCUCACAGAAGAAAAGGCAGACUGUUUGUGAACAUACAGUUUCUCUAGUCAUAAAGAGGACUACAGUUUUUUAAUUACUCCGUUAUUAUUACUGUACAUUGUACUGUGCAUUACUUUACAUAGAACAAUGCAUCAUAGUGAAUAUAAAGUGUCAAAUAGACACAUUGCGAAUAGUAAAGGUGUUUGAGUAAAUGGUUGAUUCUCUGGUCUUGA